CAGUUUACCUCGAAUACCUGUCUGAAACCCAGUUAAUGGGCAGCCAUAUUGGCUCGGCUCUCGUCCGCAUAAAUCGCUAUAUAAGGAACCGUAUUUGAGCCAAAAUGGCGUUUGGGGCAUGCAUUCAGGCAAAGAUGGUGGAAUGUACACUACAUGGUCUUUACAUUUAGCCAGAUCAGGGACAUUUACAAAGGAGUGAAAUCGCCGUUUUUCACGUUUAGACAUUGCUGCGGAAGUUAAUCGUCACCGUUUAAAGCGAGGAUCAUUUAAUCGUUCAAAUCGUGCGCAUGUAAGCUACAUCUGUAACAAGCUAGCUAACAAACAAGCUACGACGCGCUAUUACUUUAGACUGGUUGCUACUUGCUACCUCUUACCUAUACACUUUUGGAAACACUGUAAGCUAGCUAACGAUGGCCGCGAAAGCUGCUAGUCUGGUAGUAUGAUGGCUAGCUGUUAGUUAUUGUAGAUAAUUCAACUUGUUAACUAGCAAGAUUGCCGACUCAGCAAUAACAAUGACUGUAAAGUUGACCACUCAGGCUUAUUGCAAAAUGUUGUUGCAUGCUGCCAAAUACCCGAACUGCGCUGUAAAUGGACUACUAGUUGCUGAAAAGCAGAAAGAAAAAAAGAGGGACGGACACUCCACACCUGUACUAUGCGUGGACUGUGUCCCAUUAUUUCAUGGAACCCUUGCCUUGGCACCAAUGCUGGAGGUGGCGCUAACAGUGAUUGACACCUGGUGUAAGGAAAACCGGUAUGUGAUUGCGGGGUAUUAUCAGGCCAAUGAGCGUACAAAGGAUGUCAGACCAAACCAGGUUGCUGAAAAAGUAGCUGCAAGGAUUUCAGAAAACUUCAGUGAAGCAGCCCUGAUUAUGGUGGACAACAGCAGAUUUACCAUGGAGUGCUGUGAACCCAUACUUGCCAUCUUCGAACAUCAUGAAAACAAGUGGAAAUGCCGGGACACAACUGUAGACUGUUGUGAGGACUGGUUAGAAGCACAGAAGAUCACAGCAGCACUCUUGGAGAGCAGGUCCUAUGAGAACCUGAUAGACUUUGACAACCACCUUGAUGAUCUGAGGAACGACUGGACAAAUCCGGAAAUCAACAAGUCCGUACUGCACCUGUGCUAAGAGCCUGGAGCAAUGCUACACUUCAAAGCCAUUUCUGCCAAAAUGGGGCUCAAAUCACUGUUGUCUGUCUCCAUUGACUUGUUUUCAGAGGAAAAGCUGUCCGUGCUCAGGCUUUGUCAUUUUUUGAAAGGGCAAAGGAGUUGCGGCUAGAUAAUGUUAGAGUACCAUUGAUGGUCUACUGGUCAGCAGAACUCCAAUGUCAAAGUUAAAGCAACCCGCACAAAAUGUUUUCAGGCAAGUGUUUGUACAUAUGCUUAUAGAUGGCAAAUGUAUAAGCAGGAAAUAUUUCAGAAACCAAUUCUAGGGAGAUGGAGCGAGAGACCUGAUAACUUGGCUCUAUGCUUAAUUUUUUUUUUACAGAACUAAUGUAGCCUUACAAAAAAAGAUUAGUGUUAAAUUAUCUUUCAGAGGUUUUACUUGAUUGUUGCAAAAAAUGUUGAGCGAUGCAUUCAUUUGACUUGCCAUAUUUUAAGUCUUAAUGUUUAUAUCAAUGAUGCUUUCCUGACUAAUUUGGUGUAUGAACUUAUUGGUACCCGAUGUGUUUAAAAGAGAUUAUGCUUUCAAUUGCUUUUCAUUGCCUAAUGAAGCCCUUUCAGCAGCUAAUUAAAAUAAUUUGCAUUAAAUUGAUUGUUUUUGGUUUAGAUUGUGUUUAAAAAUUGUAUAACCAAUUAGUUUUCAAUGUAUUGGCAGGAGAUUGCCAUUUUUAUUAAGAAAAUAAAACUAUAUUUAAUCCAAAAAUAAACAUUUUUGCUGACAUAA